CAAGCACUCAGAUUUCUCUCACAGCUACUUCAUCCAUUCUUCUUACAUCUUGAAUCGUUUCUCUACACUUAAAUUAAUCUAAUGGCUUCUCAGGCAAUAGACAGCCACCGAGAGGGCGCUGAGGUGUUCCACGGCGAUGAAAUCUGCAGGAAGAAGUCGAUCGAACUGCUCGAAGAGCUCUGCCUUCCUAAGGGUCUCUUUCCCUUGGAAGACAUCGAGGAAUUCGGCUAUAACCGUGCUUCUGGCUUCAUAUGGCUGAUCCAGAAGAAGAAGAAGGAUCAUGUGUUCAAGCAGAUCAAGAGAGCCGUGUCUUAUGCUCCGGAGGUGACUGCCUUUGUUGAGAAGUAUAAGCUGAAGAAGAUGACCGGUGUUAAGACAAAGGAGCUCUUGCUAUGGCUCUCUGUUGUGGAAGUCUAUCUUGAGAAUCCCACAUCCGAGAAGCUCACCUUCAAAACUGGCACAGGACUCUCUGAUAGCUUCAUUGCUUCUGCUUUUGAGCUCUAAGUGCUAUCUAUGUAAGAGAAGACGAGUCAUUACUGCUUUAAAUUAUGUUAUGAGCUGUGGCAUUUCAUAGCCUUUAAUCGUUUUUUUUUUUUUGGUUGUGAUGCUCUGUAUCUGGUUUAUAUGAUUGUAACUUUGUGCUUCUUAAUGAUAUAUUAUCUUCCUCGCUAA